GUGAAAAGACGAGAAACCAGUCAGACCAGUCCAGACCAGCAAUGGCAGCCGACCGGACCGGGACGACGCUCGACGUUCACGCAGCAGACUUGGAGUCGUCUCCGGAUCACGGCUCCAAUGUCCCGAAGAGACACGCCCGUGUCACCGUGAAGUACAACCGGAAGGAGCUGCAGAAGCGGCUGGACGUGGAGAAGUGGAUCGACGAGAGCCUGGACCGGCUGUACUCGGGUCAGGAGGGCGAUAUGCCAGAGGAGGUAAACAUCGAUGACCUGAUUGACCUGCCCGCUGAUGAGGAGCGAGUCAAAAAGUUACAGGAGCUUCUUCAAAAAUGCAGAAACAACACAGAGACCUUCAUCAGAGAGCUGGUGGCAAAGCUGGAGGGAGUUCACAAGCAGGAGGAGCUGCAGACUGAAGGCAUCGAGCAUCCGGUCAUCUGCCACAGCCACUACCGCCACGAGCCCUACCACUUUAACAACCCACACCAACAGCACCACGUGCACACCCGAGGCCAAAACCAGACCCUCUGACAACCAAGACACGCUCACACACACAUACACUCUUAACGACAUGAACACAAAAAUGUCAAGGAAGUAAAAAUCCAAGCUGAAACUUUAGAAGUACAUUUGCCACAUUUUUUUUUUUUUUUUUGCUGAAUGUAAGACGAGUAGGUCGAUACAACUGUUAUCCAUCUAUACACUUAAUAUCUAACUACAGCCAGGGGGGCAAUUUACUUAGCUUAGCAUAUAUUGGACAGGUUUUGGCUCUGCCUACCAGCAUCUUUUUAAAGCUCAUUAAUUAGCAUGUUUUAUCUUGUGUAGUUGUGAUGACAAGACUGCAAGAAGUCACUGAGCCUGGCCAAGAAACAGUCUGCACAGAACCUGCCAUGCAUGUAGUUUUUACAAUUUUGUUUUUGUAAUGAUGUAUAUAAGACAGGUUAAUGAGCUUUAGAGAUGCUGGUAGGCAGAUUUUUUUUUACCUUUGGACGUACUCAGGCAAGCUGUUUUCUACUACUUAUAGUCUUUAUGUGAAGCUAAGCUAAGCUAAGUUGGUGGUAGUCUAAUGCCAUGCUCAGACCAAAUAUGACACAAAUUAUUCACUUCUAAAUUAUGCAUUUGAAGCGAGUUGAAAAUAUUGAACUCAAGCGUAAUAUCUGUGUUGCGAAUGCCUAUCGGCAUUGGCGUUCACACUAAUGUCAUGAUGAUAACAUUGCUGAAGUCCGGACCUUCACGAAUGACACAGAAGAAGAGGAUAAUAAUCACUAAUCCUGGCCGUUUGUGGACACCCAGAGCUGUAUGAUAAAACUAAAUCUACUCGUACUGAGACAGGACAAAGAAGGAGCUGCCGUGGAGGGAUGUGAGUGAGAAUGUCAGGCUACCUGUUAAGUUUGGGAAAUAGGUCUCAGCACUGCAUAGCAAAGCAGAACCACAUUCAGGGAUAAGCAUUUUAAAAUGUGUUUGGUCCGAGCACGGCAUUGUGUAAGACAGAUGUCAGUGGUAUCAGUCUUGUCUUUCCUCAAAACCCCCCCUUUACCAAAAAGGAGGGAUUUGUGACAGCUCACAUGGGUGGUGAUUGGCGAAGACGUGACCAAAACAUAGUACAAAUCAUUUAUCAAAUCUAAAUUAGGAUCCCAUUUAGCACAAAUACAGAAAUACACAUCAUGUAAAUAUACAUUUUUCCACUCAAAGAAUCCCCCAAAAUUGCCUUUAAUUAGCAUGAAAGCAUUAGCACUCAAAUUUACUUGACUGGAAAAAUGAUUCAUCACCUUGUUCUUACAAUUAUUCUUACUCUCCAUGUACAUAUAGUUGGAUUUAAUAGUUUCUGGCACUAACUGAUGAAGUGUCUGAUAAAUCAGGAUGAAGGAAAGUAACAUCAAUAAAAAAAUAGAAUAGAUAGCUCUUACAUUAAAAUUAAUAUCGUGCUAUGCGUUCAACAUCACUGUCAGAUCAACCACUGGUGGAUUUCACACUAAAAACAUCACUAUCGGAGUUCAACACCAAGCUGUACUGUGACACAGUACGUUCCACCUUUCACUGAAGACAUUAGCAUUGUAGCUGUACCACAUUUUAGAUAACACCGCUAGAUUGAAUGCACUUAUUCGACAAAAGUAUGAUGGUCAUGAAUGUGAUUUAUUGUCAUGAUUACACUGGAAAUAAUCCUGUUCCCAUCACUGCUUUUUAAUAUUUUUGUCACUAUUCCCCCCCCCCCCCCCCCUGUUUUAGACUUGUGUUUUUACUACAUUUUUUUCAAUGUUGAGUGUCAGAGACACCAGUCUUUUGCAGCAGUUGCUAAUUAAACAAUUUAUUUUACUGUGGAA